ACUCACCUUCCGAGCAGUAGUGAAAAGCCAACCGUCAAGAUAGAGCCCACACAGCGGAGAAGAAAUCGUAUGCUUGUGUAGGAGAAGAAAAACUGGAAAGAUUCGGGGAAUAAUGUGGUGAUUUUCGUCCGAGCAAUUGGAGGAAUGAUUUGAGGAAGUGUGGAGAGUUAUUGGAUUCUGUAUUGAAGAAAUGGGAAAUCUAGGAUAAUUGAACUCUGAAUUUGGUGUAUAAAAGAAGUUAUUUUGGUGUUUGUAUAGAUUAAUUGAGGGGUAUCGUGUCGGAAAUGAGUAGGUCAAGGAGGUAUCUCGACCCUUUUGAUGACGUUUUGGAGCCGGGAGAAUCAUCCGGAAGUGUGACGCCAGGUUGUGGCGAUGAUGAAUUUGCACAACUCACGAAUCUUAGGUCAGCCCCAAACAAAUGCCUGAGUAGGGCGUGGCCUAAAGAGAAAAAGUCGCCCAUUUCACCGGUGAGAAUGUUGCUGGGAAGGGAGUUUAACUAUAGUGGAAGAGGGAGGUUUUCGUUGUCAGAUUCUUGCCAUGUCCUGAGCCGGUAUUUGCCUGUUAAUGCUCCUUCAGUGAUUGAUAAGAUGAGGAGCUGUGCUUAUGUCUCUCAGUUUUCAGAUGAUGGGUCGCUCUUUGUUGCUGGAUUUCAGGAAAGUCAUAUUAGAAUAUAUGAUGUUGAUUUGGGAUGGAAGGUUCAUAAAGAUAUCCAGACCAAGAGCUUAGGGUGGACUAUUACUGAUACUUCACUUUCACCAGAUCGCAGAUUUCUUGUUUAUUCCAGCAUAUCACCUGUUGUCCAUAUUGUCGAUGUUGGAUCGGGUACAAAAGACUCUCAGGCAAAUGUGACGGAAAUCCAUGAUGGUCUAGAGUUCUCAACUAGUGUCGAUGCUUAUGAAGACUAUUCCUUUGGAAUUUUCUCUGUUAAAUUUUCAACGGAUGGACGAGAACUUGUAGCUGCUAGCAGUGAUGAUUCAAUAUAUGUUUAUGAUCUUGAAGCAAGAAGGUUGAGCCUCAAAAUCCCCGCGCAUACAAAUGAUGUCAAUGCUGUAUGCUUUGCUGAUGAAAGUGGGCACAUCAUUUAUUCUGGCAGCGACGAUAACCUCUGCAAAGUUUGGGACAGGCGCUGCUUUGUAACCAAGGGGCAAGCUGCUGGAGUCCUGAUGGGGCAUUUGGAAGGCGUUACAUUCAUCGACACUCGCGGCGAUGGCCGGUAUUUCAUCUCGAACGGAAAAGAUCAAGCCAUAAAACUCUGGGACAUACGGAAAAUGUCAUCGAAUGCCAACUGCACUCCAAGGCGUAAAUACAUCGAGUGGGACUACCGAUGGAUGGAAUAUCCCGAACAUGCAAGAAAUCUGAAGCAUCCCGAUGAUCUCUCGCUGGCUACAUACAAAGGCCAUACCGUCUUACGCACCCUCAUACGCUGCUAUUUCUCGCCAUCGUUUAGCACCGGGCAAAAGUAUAUCUACACAGGAUCGACUGAUUCUUCCGUGUAUAUUUACGAUGUGGUGAGCGGCAAUCAAGUCGGGAAACUCGAGUUCCAUGAGGAUCCCGUGAGGGACUGCAACUGGCACCCGUUCUUCCCGACGCUGGUGAGCUCGUCGUGGGAUGGUAUGCUUGCUGCUUGGGAAUUCCCCGGACACACCGAAAACCCGGUACAGGUAAAGCGCAAUCGACGGCGCCGCAGGUUUUAUUACUGAUUUUUUAUGCAUUGUAUGAAAUGUACAACCUGCAUAGCUGCGCUAGUUUAUCUAUGCAUAGACAGAAGAAUAAAUGUGUUUUAGUUACUUGAGUAUUUGGAUGCAUCAAAUAUGGUAACUUUUGAUGUUGGUUAUUGUAAUAUACUAUAGAUAUCACAUGGUGGUUGUUUGAAUUUCUAUGUUCUAUGUCA